UAUGUAAAUUUCAGGUCGGCGCAUGCUCACACUGGCAAUCGUAGUUUCCGCUAACGUGACGUGUGGCGGCCAUGUUUAUUACACUUUCGUUAGCGAUCUUCAAGGGUAUCUGAAGGCAGCAGGCAAGACAACAUGUACCGGUUUGCUAAAGCUGCAGUCAACCUCAGCGGUCACGCCGCCAGGCAGGUGAGGCAUGGAUCCUCCGCCACAGGGACCUUCCACACCAAGUACGGCACCGGUGUGAUGGCUGGUGGUUUCGUCUUCUGCACGGCUGUGUGGGCUUACGUGCUGACUCAGACGGGCAUCACCUGGAACCUGUCACCUGUUGGGAAGGUCAUGCCCAAAGCGUGGAGAGAGGCCGAGGAGUAAAGAGCCGCCAUGACAGCCCCGCGUCCCGCCCAGUGAACCUUCUGGUUGUACAGAUGAUUAACAGAGAAUGCCUGUGUUUAUUCCAACAUGUUCAAAUAAAUUAAGUGUGAUUCUA